AUGUCCCUCAAGCGCAAGGCUGCCGACCUUGCUGCAGCAGACGCAAAGAAACCCAAGGCGAACGGCAGCAUCACCGCCUUCUUCGGGCAGCCGAAGCCCGUUGCUGGCACCGCAUCGACCAAUCCAGCAAAAGGCCCUGUGCCAUCUAAGUUCGAUAAGGAUGCCUGGGUGGCGAAGCUCAGUGAUGAGCAGAAAGAGCUACUAAAGCUCGAGAUUGAGACGCUGCACGAGAGCUGGUUAGCACAACUGAAGGAUGAGGUCGUGACCAAAGAGUUCUUGGAGCUCAAGCGCUUUCUCAAGAAAGAGAUUGAGAGCGGGAAGAAGGUCUUUCCGCCACUAGAGGAUGUCUACUCAUGGUCACGUCACACUCCUUUGCCGACAGUCAAGGCCGUAAUCCUCGGUCAAGACCCCUAUCACAACUACAACCAAGCCCACGGCCUCUGCUUCUCCGUCCGCCCGCCUACACCCGCCCCACCCUCGCUGCAAAACAUCUACAAAGCCCUCAAGAAGGACUAUCCCGACUUCCAGCCGCCGCCUAAGAACGGCGGCCUCCUCACGCCUUGGGCUGACCGGGGCGUCCUGCUUCUGAACACAUGUCUGACCGUCCGUGCCCAUGAGGCCAACAGCCACAGCGGCAAAGGCUGGGAGAGGUUCACCCAGAAGGUGAUCGAUACGGUGGUUAAGAACCGGUCGAAUGGCGUGGUUUUCUUAGCGUGGGGGACGCCGGCAGCGAAGAGGGUCCAAAGUGUUAGCAGUAAGCAUCUGGUGUUGAAGAGUGUGCAUCCGAGUCCUCUGAGCGCGGCCAGAGGAUUCUUUGAUUGUGGACACUUUAAGAAGGCGAAUGAGUGGCUCGUGGAGAAGUAUGGGCCGGAUGGAGCGAUUGACUGGAAUUUGAAUGUUGCCCCAGAGGACGCUGGUAUUUGA